AUGUCUAGACAACUUAUAUACAGUGAAUUUGGUGACCCAACAAAAGUUGUUAAACUCAGAGAAUGUGAAGUGCCUCCUCUUGGCAGCCAGGAAAUAUUGGUGCGCAUGCUAGCAGCACCGAUAAAUCCAGCAGAUAUUAACACUAUUCAAGGUAAGUAUCCAGUGAAAGUCAGCCUCCCAAGCAUACCCGGAAAUGAAGGUGUGGGUAUUGUAGAAGAAAUUGGCAAAGAAGUUAAAGGAAUCUGUCCUGGAAAUAAAGUUAUUGUUACAAAACCAGUUCAAGGGACCUGGAGGAAUAUUGGUACAUUUAAUCAAGAAGUUUUAAAGGUUAUUCCAGAGAACUUAGGACUAGUUGAAGCUGCUACAUUAACAGUAAACCCCUGUACUGCUUAUAGGAUGCUAUUAGAUUUUAAGCCUGUCAGAGAUGGUCUUGUGGUAGAGGGUGUUGUUUGCCAUAUUUACCACAUACACCUGGGGACGAAGGAGUUGGUGAAGUUG